CCCCUCCCCCGCCUUAUAAGGCCUCCGCCGCAGUUGGGCCCCUAGCGCUGCCGCCGCCAGGUCUAGUCAGCAUCGAGUCGGACGCCGCCGCCUCCUCACGAUGCCUUCAAUUAAACUGCAGAGCUCAGACGGAGAAAUCUUUGAAGUUGAUGUUGAAAUUGCAAAGCAGUCUGUAACCAUCAAGACUAUGCUGGAAGACUUGGGAAUGGAUGAUGAAGGUGAUGAUGACCCAGUCCCUCUUCCAAAUGUCAAUGCAGCUAUCUUAAAAAAGGUGAUUCAGUGGUGCACCCAUCACAAGGAUGAUCCACCUCCUCCUGAGGAUGAUGAGAACAAAGAGAAAAGAACAGAUGACAUUCCUGUGUGGGAUCAGGAGUUUCUGAAAGUAGACCAAGGCACUCUUUUUGAACUUAUCCUGGCUGCAAAUUACUUGGACAUCAAAGGCUUGCUUGAUGUCACAUGCAAGACAGUUGCAAAUAUGAUCAAGGGGAAAACUCCAGAAGAAAUUCGCAAGACAUUCAAUAUUAAGAACGACUUCACUGAGGAGGAAGAAGCACAGGUACGUAAAGAGAACCAAUGGUGUGAAGAGAAGUGAAGUUUUGUGCCUGACACUUGAACACUGUAAGGAUUGUUCCAAAUACUAGUUGCACUGCUCUGUUCAUAAUUGUUAAUAUUAGACAAAUGCAGCAGCAAAUGAAGUUGGUGUUAGCAGGAUAUCGUUCCCUUUGCAUGUGUAGUGAUUUUUAGUACAAACUUAAAUCCUCUUGAGUUUUUUUUCUAGUGUAUUUGGAUGUCUUGUCUUUACUCUGCAGUGAAUAAAACUGAACCAAGUGUGGAUUCUAUAUAGAAAAUAGCACUUAAGGUUAUCAUUUUCAUUACACUUUGAAACUGUUCAAGUCCAGUUGCAGCGCUAAGGAUUGAUUCCAUUGUAAAUAAAACCACAUUACUUCUUCCUCAAUUACAAAACUCUUGUAUUUACAGGGUAUUGAUUAGCUGCAGAAAGGAAAAUUAGAAUGUGUCUUGGGGAGCUAGGUAAAGUAAAAAAUAUUACUUACUUCUUCCAAAGGCAUUGUGAGGAAAAAUAGUGUCCCUUAAGAUAACUUCCCAGAUGGUUCUUCUCCUGCAUUUAAACAAAACAAGAAGAAAACAAAGGAAAAAGUAUUUGACCACUUGUCUUCUUAGUCUUGCCUUAGACUAGUGAAAGGUGUGAUCUAGAACUCAGCAAGCUCCUGACAGUUCAAUUUGAAUACUUCAACCAUGUCUUGAAGACCUGCCUCUAGCUGGUAGCAGAUAAAGUGUGUUGCUUUCUGCACAGAAUGGGUGUGUUUAUACCUGUUACUAGGAAAUGUGGAACCCAGAUUUGACCAAAAAUGACUGUCAUUACCAAAGUUAGUGUAGUGACCUGGGCAUGCCAUUAGUGGUUUUUAGGCAAUCUCAAACAACCUUUGUGAUGUAGCUCUUUAAAACAUGGUUCAGUGUGUCCACAAGAAAUCUUAAUGCCUCUGUGUGUGAUACUUCAGCUUAGACUUAAUUAUUGCAUACAAACUUAAUGCAAUACCAAGCUUAAGUUCUUUGGACAAAGCCACUUGCAACUAAUUAAAAAGUAACUGGGUUUCUGAUUUUUUUUUUUUAAAGUUUUUAUUUUACAGUUCCCUUAUAGGGAGUAGGGGAUGGUUUUGUGGUAGAUCCUUGAGGUGUGCUCUUAGCUUGUAUUGCAUUCCAUUCUCUGUAUAAACCUUAGAGUAGAAUGACCCUGAAUAAACAUACUUAUCUCACUUUAAAUAGCAGCGUUUCACUUCUGAAUUAAUAAAGGGCUUUUAAACUUUGGUUUGCAAAUGGUUCUAGUUAUUUGAAACUAGACAAUCUUCCUGUCACCGAAGUGUACAAAUAGCCUUGAGGCAGUGGUUAAUUGAGAUAAAACCAGAUGUUUAGAUUUUGAUUGACUAAUGCAAGCCUUGGGCAACUUCUCAAAAGAAACUGGAAGCUAAAGGAGGGGUCCAGAUAAUUUUUCAUGUGUUACCAGCCUUUAGGUAGCAUUUGUCACUUUAGACCUAUGCUCUGGAUGGGGCUGCUGACAUCUUAUUCAGGGUGGGUGCUGGUGUGCAUAUUAUGUGGACAUAUUAUAGAUAGAAAUAAAUACUUCAGUGCUGGAGCUGGGCAUGCUGAAAUCUUUCCAGCCUCUUGUACUGUGAAUAUGACAUCUCAGUUUAAAACUGCAACUAGACAAGAAUCUUCUGAUGGCACUUCUGUAGCUGUAUUUGUAGUUUGUAGCUUAACCUGGAUUCUUACAUGAAAUAAUCCCAUUUGCACUUAGUGCUCCAGAAUGCACCAGCUCAUCCUUGGAGUGCUGUUUCUGUGUAGAAACCUAUGCUGUAUCUGUACAGUGGUGGAAGCUCAUAUAAAUUCCUUUAUGUGCUUGUCAGCAGCCACUGUCUCACAGGGUGUAUCACUAUGCUGGCAUGAGGAAGAGAUGCAGUUGUGUAGUUUUGUCUUCCUCAUUACCUUGUUUUGUUUGCCAUGCCUGCCUAAAGCACCCCUGUGACCCUGUGCUAAGAGUUGUUACAACAGCUUGCCUAGAACAUAACCUUGAGUGGUGAAAUACUUUAGUGGUGGAGCUUCUGCUGAAGCUCUCAGCUGUUGAUACUGGUCUAAGUGUGGAGGUACAGCACAGAAGCGUGCAGGAAGGGCUAGUCUGGGUGCUGAAAGUAUUACAGCUUUGACAGACGUAGCAUCCUUGGUGCUCCUGGUAGUUAGGAUUCCAUGCAACUCAUUUUCUCUAAUUGAAAUUCUCUUCUAGUGCUGUCUUGGGUUUCAUCCAGCCUCAAAUUCUGUAGCUGCCUGACAUGUCAGUGUGAGAAAACACCUUUUUUUGGUCUCUGGAGCUAUACCCUCUCAGUUCUAGUCAUAGUAGUGCUUGGCUGCUCUUUAUGAAGGUGAUUGAGAAAAUUUGGUUUACUGCAGGCUGCUGUAUGGACUCUCUUCAGCUUUAGUUGCCUGCUGCUGACAUAGAGUCCAGUCUGGGUACUCUGAACUUCUUGGAAGGGGAGACAGUCUCAUUUUCAACUGUUAAUGUUGAAAAUGUUGAAACAUUAUGUUAAAACAAAUUGUUAUGUUUCUGUUCAAAUUGUACAGUGCUGCUUUAUUACCUUUUUUUUUUUUUUGAAGUCAUGGCAUGGUCAGGGAUAGCUUUUGGCUAAAGUGGAGGGGGAAAGAGCGAAGGAAAGGUGUCAGGUGGAAUUGUAGAAGUUGUUUUCUCUUAGUCUUGGUUUCCUAUUUCAAUCUUACCUGUCGAAGACUAAAACCUAUUUAUACAUAGAAAUCCCCAAGGACCAAAAAAACCCCAGGAAUCCUUGAAUUUGUGAAAGUCAUUUGAGAGUUUGAUAGGAUUAUAAUUUCCCAGUGGCCUAUUUUGAAGAGCCAGUCUGGCAAUUACUUUAUUUAUAAAGCUAUAAACAUGUUUUGAACAUAAAAGCCAAAAAAACCCCAAAACAAACCACAAACCAAACUCAAUGAAGUAAAAAAAUUACAACAAAUGAUGGAAUAUCAUUGGACAUACGAUAGUACAGCUGCAAAACAUUUAUCCCUGCUACAUCCAUACAGUGGUUUUACUUGGUUUAAUGAAGUGGUACUUCCAUGGCUUCUACAUUCAAGCUGAUUUCAGGUAUUCAAAUGCUGAUUUCAGGAAGAGUUGCAAUUGCUGUGAAAGAAACUUAACAAAAAUAAAAAUAAUCCUUGUUGUGAUUAAAAACUUG